AUGAAUGAAUCCAUCUCGCCCAAGUCGCACGACCGCCAGGGGUCCGAUUUUCCGCCUCAGGAAAGACAGGAGACACCGGAGGAGCAGAAGAAGGCGGGGACGAUCAUAGAGUCUGACGAGGUUGCCAGAGGAGAACAAGAUGGGAUCGCAAGGGGCUACUCGCGCCUGUCCAUGGUCAUGAUGGUCGUCUUCAGCGGUCUUGCAAUUGGAUCAGAUGGAUUCAACGCUUCGAUCAUUGGGAAUAUCGAGCUCCUCAUGCAAGUCAUCUACCCCGAUACUUUGACCACCGCGGUGGCCUCCCGCCUGUCAAACGCGUUUAUGGUCGGCAUGAUUAUUGGUAUGCUUGGGUUUGGCUAUAUUUCCGAUAAACUCGGUCGCAAGACCGGGGCGGUGCUGACGACCACCAUUCUGGUGCUGGGCAUUGCCUUGAGUGCCGGUGCCAGUGGGGUCAACGAAGAUGGGAUGUUCUGGAUGCUGAUUGUCGCCCGCGGAAUUGCUGGCGUUGGCGCUGGAGGCGAAUAUCCUGUUGCAGGCGCAGGUGCAGCCGAAGCAACAGACGAAGUGCCCGGGACGCGCAAGAGACGAGGAUUCAUCUUCGCUAUGAUUGGAGACCUGUCGGCUUCCCUAGGGUUUGCUUUCGGUGCCCUUGUACCGUUGCUUCUGCUGCUGUGCUUUCAUCAACAGGUUCGCCACUACGAAGCAGUCUGGCGAGUAUCGCUCGCCAUGGGAGCCAUCGCUCCCCUUUCCAUCUUUUGGUUCCGUUACCGAAUGGUGAAAUACUGGCGUCCAUUGCUUGGCUCUUGUGGCUCGUGGUUCAUCUAUAACUAUAUCUCGUACCCAUUCGGCCUCUUUUCCUCGACCAUUGUCGGGCGGGUAAAUCCUUCCUCGUCUCUUGCUCUUACCAUGGCUUGGGGUCGCCGCCGCACGAUGGCACUGGGCUUCCUGCUACAAGCGAUCCUUGGAUUUGUCCUAGGGGGAGCACUUGGCCCCAUUCAAACGAAUCUUCCGCUCUUCAUCGUCCUCUAUGGAAUUUUUCUGACUUUGGGAGAAGUUGGGCCGGGGUCUACCAUCGUAUUGACGGCGAGUGAGAAUUUCCCCACCGCAGUUCGUGGACACGCGGUUGGCUUUGCGGCCGCAUGGAGCAAGGCCGGGGCUGCCAUUGGGACACAGGUCUUCAAACCAAUCUUGGCCAGCUGGGGUGAUGAUGAGAGCCGUGGCACGCAAGCAGUGUUCUUGAUUGGGUCGGGCUUCGCCGUGUUAGGGGCCCUCCUAGCAUGGUUUGUGCUUCAGGAUAGCAGCAAGGUGCUUGACCACGGGGACCAGGAGUGGAAAGAUUAUUUGGAAUCUCAUGGCUACACCAACAUCGAAUGGGGUAUCGACAACCCCUCCCUGGAGCCCCAGGAAAAGAAAGUAUAA